AAACGGAGAAAAGUGCACGUGGGAGCCGAGGCCGCCCAGGCGUGUCCGGGUGGGGGCCUGUUCCCGGAGAAGCCAUGGCGUCGCUCAGUUGUAGCACCGUCGUCUGCGUGAUAUGCUUGGAGAAACCCAAAUACCGCUGCCCCGCCUGCCGCGUACCUUACUGUUCGGUGACUUGCUUCCGGAAGCAUAAAGAGCAGUGCAAUCCUGAAACUCAUCCUGGCGAGAAAAAAAUAAGAUCAGCUGCUAUUGUAAAAAGUAUAAAGCCUGUGGAAGAUGAAGAUGACGAUGACUCUGUAGGUGAUUUUCUCAAUAGUGAUGAGGAAGAAGACAGAGUUUCUUUGCAGAAUUUAAAGAAUUUAGGGGAGUGUGCAGCAUUAAGAAGCUUACUGCUCAACCCACACCUUAGAGAGUUGAUGGUCAGCCUUGACCAGGGGGACAACAAGGCAAAGCUCAUGAAAGCCUGCAUGCAGGAGCCUUUGUUCGUGGAGUUUGCUGACUGCUGUUUAAGGAUUGUGGCACCGCCCCAGAACGAGGAUUCCUAAAGCGGAUUUAUUAUGCUACUCAGUCAGGCUUCUGCUUGACUCAGAAUCUGCCUGCUCCCUCUUAUAGGAACCCAGCUAGUAUGGGGCCCUGAGCAAGUGAUUUUCAGGAUGAAGACCUGCUGACAUCGGGUAGGCCAUGCACAGCUUCACCUCCCUUGAUGUGGGCUUGUCUCAGGCACAUGGGGGCACUCAGUGUGGCAAACCCUUUAUGGGAAGAAAAUUUGACAUUCAGAUGGUUGUUUUUAAAUGUUUAAUUUUUGGUACAGUUAAGAUAGACAUCAUGAGUGAUAUUUAUCAAGUUUCACACCCAUUUGAGUUAAAACUUGCUCAGUUAAUAAAAUCAAGGCAUGGUUGUAUGGUACACUGCAUUGCUCAUUAUAGGUUUAUAAGCGAAUGCUUGAAAUUACAUUAAAUAAGUCAACAAUGUAUUAAAUAGUAAAGUUUUGUUCCCUUUAAGGAACUAAAUGCAGAAUUCUGCCAGCCAAAACUUUAGAGCUAAUAUCAAGCUGACUUCCCUGCUGGUGGGGACCAGGGGGUGCCUCACUGUCCUGAUGGACACUGCUGAGUUAUCUGUGAAGGUAGUGAAGUAUAGUGGAGUUCUCCGUGGCCCUGAUGUUUUCUUAGCCUUGGCUGGUACUAACCCUGACGACUGUCAGGGCUUGAAGUGCAGACAGGAGCCCAGCCCAGUGGUGCAGUCACUGCUGCAGCCCUUGGCAUGCAGGUGGCAGCAUUGCCUCUCGUGUGGUUGGAGUCACUGUGGGAGAUUGAUUAAAUGUCUUUGGCAAGGCAGCUGGCAAGAAAAGGCCUUAGAGAAUAAAGGCACCAGUGAUCACCCAACUAGGUGAGGAUGGAAGGUGAGAGAUCACACGUGGCCCAGCCUGUCAUUCCAGCAGAAUCUGAUUAAAGCCAGUAACGCUGUAGGGUGAAGGCUCAGGGCAGAUGUCAGCAUAGCGCAGUGGAGACUUUCUGCAGUGAAACUUUAUGGAGCCCUGGGGAGAGAGGCAGCUUAAUUCCAGCUCCCAGGAGAGCUGGGGGCCUAAAGGCACCUUACAGAGCAAAUGCUAGAAAUGCUGAGAGGUGUGGACAAGCAAGUGUGGACAGUCCCUGACUUAUGAUGGUUCAAAAGCACUUAUGUAUUUGGUAGAAACCAUACUCUAAAAUUUUGAAUUUGGAUCUUUCCCUGGCAUGAUACUUGGGGUGCUGGGCAGUGGCAGCCAGCCACAGCUCCCAGCCACCCACACGAGCAUGAGGGCCAAUAACUGCUGUACUUCAAACCAUUCUCCUGUUAACUUUAAGUGGUAUUCAGUAAAUCACAUGAGGUAUUCACUUUAUUAUGAAAGAGGCUUUGUAUUAGGUAUUUGCCCAACUGUAGCCUCGUGUAAGUGUUCUGAGCACAUUUAGGGUAGGCUAAGCUACGAUGUGCAGUAUAGGUGUAUUAAAUACAUUUCGACUUCCA